AGUCUCGGAGUCUCGGAGAGUUGGGAUAAGGAAGGCCUGGGCGAGGCAGUGCCGUUGCUAGACACCUGUCUUGUAAACAAAGUGGAUGUUUGAUGAGUCAUCGAGAGGAGGCUAGAGAAUCGAGAGAAAGGAACUGGUGGAGACCUGGCGAAGACUUGGAUGGUUACUUGUAAUCAGAGUCGAGACUUUAGCGGUGGAUGGAGAACACGUGGACCAGAGUUUCGGAUGAGAGGAGGUCAGAAAAAGGAUUCGAGACAUAAGGAGACCUGGAUUCUCGGGUAGAUCUUUACUAAAUGCAAGGAGAGUCGACGCUUAUCGAUUGGGAGAACCGAUGGGCUAGAGUUUGAAAUGGGACGAGUCUAGAGGCCCAUCCAACAGAAGUCGAGCGACCCACGAGUGUCGGAGGCUUCAGCGUCGACUAAGCGAAUCGAUAAUGGUGAUUCGGGGAGUAAAGUGCGUGUGGAAGCGGCAAACGGGACACCUCCGGAACCCCGCGUCCAAUCCAAUAGGUUAGGAGUGUAGGUCUAGCGGGAAACGUUUAAGUGGAUCGUCAGAGAUUGGGCCCGGGUUUGCUGGAGUAGAGGUUGGCAUUAAUGUGAAAUGCUGGCGUCGAUGGUCGUAAACACACGGGAGGAGAACGUGUUCCAGGUGGACUGUUGGACCAACAGUGGGUCUCGUCACGCGAUUUGAUGGAUCCCGUCGUGGUUAAUGCGCUACUGGGAGGAUUACGCUUCCACGAAGGAUACCCAUCGCGAUAAGCAGCUCGUCCUGCGUGUUCCAGCGUCGUUCUCGAGCGUCGAUCUCCUGCCGAACGAUCCCGAGGAUCUCUGGGGAAUUGGUGGAACGAUGGGUCCUCUUCUCGAGGAGAACAUCUCGGACUGACGCCCAGGAAGUCGUUUGACUGAGUGACUCGACCGGCAGGGGCUUCCCCUUCGAUGGGAUAUCGAUUAAACAGUAGACAAUGACGGGAACCUACUCGAGACUUUGCUCAGCCAGUGACACGGGCACGGUCGUGUUCUUUUGAAGGUCCACCUGUGUCGAUGACGAGGAUGUUGGCCAAGGUCACGAUCCUGCUGACUCUUCUUCGGCUGGGGCUGUCGCUGGAGGAUCGAGCCGUGUGCUCCAGGAAUCGCAGCAUGAUCGAGACCCCUGGCGAUGCUGUGCUGUCCCUGUUCCUGGACAUCAACCAUGGACCCUACUGCAACGUCACGUCUGCCAAGGGUCUCCAAGAAAUCACCACGGCCUUUUACGUGGCGCACGCUCUGAAUAAGUACGAGUUCAUCCCUGGUCUUUCGCUAGGCUUGAAGGUCUUCGACACCUGCCACGACGAGAUGACGGUGUUCAAGCAAUCCUUGCAAGCAGCAGUGGACUCCGACUGCACAGAUCACUACGAGAUGGGGAUCCUGUUGCCAUCCGAGUACAACGCGAUCCUGAAACCCAUACGCAACUAUAGCGUCUUGCCCAUCAGCACAUACGAGGAUCAGAACCUGACCAAGCCUUUAUUAAACCUGAUGGUGCACUACCUCAGCACCAGGUUCGAAAUCGUCGACCUGUUGCUGGUCGACUCCGAAUUCGCGUUGAACUUCUUCAUGGACGCCACCAAGGAGGCCGGCAUCUGCGUGAAAAACUACGCGAAGAAUGUGGAGCUGGACGAAGGCGACACGGAGGCCGUGAUAGCUGUUAUCGGCGGUAGGAACGACGCUCGACAGUGGAUCGAGAAGGGUGAGAAGCUCCAAGGACCCAGGAAGACGUGGAUCGUCCUGCCGUUGGAUGGGUCCAACGUGGACGAUCUCAUACCUCUAGGAUCCUACGUGGUGAGAACGCCACCCUUCAAUCUGGACCUACUUCAGGACGUGUCCUCGACAGACGAUUUCCUCGCAGCGGCAGGGAACACGGUGAUCCACUCGUCGCACCUUCUAGGCGUCGGCAAAGCUGUGUUCGAGUUGGCGCAGGUCCUCCAGGACCUCCAGAGGCGGAACUGUCCUCGCAGAACGGAGACCACCUGCCUCCUGCCGCGGUUCAACCCUCACACAGCCCCAGAGACUCGCAACUCCGACGUGUACAACGCUCUUCGUAUACUGCCGAGGCUCCACUCCAUCAAGUACAUCGUGGCGAUGAGGACUCAGCAGGAAUUGAUCGACAUGGCCACCUACAGGGUGGAGCCGGCGAAUCUCAAGUUUAGGGUCACGCCAGAGUCCAGGGUGCCCAAAAUGCCCAAGCUCUGCUUGAAGAAGUACGCCAGGAACUGCGAGGACUGCCUGAACUUCAAGAAGAGGUUCGGUGCGCGUGGUGUGAUCACAGAUACACUCGACAGGGGUUUAUUAAAGUCGGGCAACUGGAUACCAAUUUUCCUGACGGUGGUGGUGUGCGGCACAUUCGCCUGCGGCGUGAUUGCCGUCUUCAUUAUCUACCGCUUCAUCGCGGAGGACGUCCUCGAUGGGAAUCCAGCGCUAACGAUCGUCCUGAUACUGGCGAACAUUUUCACGCUGCUGACGGUCCUUCCGUUCUGCAUCAACGACUACUACGUGGGAGCAGAGGCACUCAACUCCAGAAAGAUCCUGGUGACGACCCUAGCCUUCGGAAUCGACUUCUCCGUGAUGCUAUCCAGGGCCUUCUUCUUGGUGUUCUCCAAGGGUGGAGUGUUCACUGCUCACAUCAACGGAUACCUGCAAGGCUUGAUGGUGUUUUUCAUGUUUGGCGUGCAGUUCGCCAUAUCGAUCAUGUUCUUUGUCCUCAGCGACGAAGACUCCGCCGUCGUCGUGAGGAGCCUUCUCUUCAUUGCUCUGCUGGGUUACGACAUAUUUCUACUGGUGACGCUGUUCGUGGUGUGCUUUUUUAUCGCCCGAUUGCCGCGCAAUUAUCGCGAAGGGAAGUGUUUCUUCGGGACCUCCAUCGGUCUGCUGAUCACCUGGGCCAUCUGGCUGACCUGUUUCAUCUUGGUGGAACCAGAGUGCCGGGACAUGGUGGUCUCCUUCGGCAUCGUCGCCACGGCGUACUUGAUCAUCAUCGGGGUCCUCGUACCGAGGACUUAUUACAUGGUCACCCACCUGGCCAGGGGGAAGGAGUAUGGCCAAAGAUUUGGAUCGACCGAUUUGGGCCACGAUCCAAGGAUCAACUCGAUCAUGAGACAGACACGUCCGUUUUACGAUUACGUGCACCCAGCUGGAGGAAGCGUGACGAACCUGCAGGUCGCGCCCGCGUACCCGAAUUACUAUGGCAGCUCCAGCCCGAACCAGAAGUACCUGACCCACUCGAGGAGCCCCGACUCGAGGAGGAUCCCCGGGUACAACAACUACGGAUUCCACACGGAGAUGCGAGAAUCAAGAACGAGCCCUGGGGAAAGGAGCAGCGUGAAUUCCGCGUACGCCCGCCCCAAGUGCCACAGGAAGAAGAAAACGAAGAACGAGAAAGACUUCGUCGAGACAGACGUCUACGUCGAGAGUAACCACGGGACCGCGAGGAGAUCCCACGAUGAGAUGUAUCCCGUGAGAUCCGUCAGCCCAAGAUUGACGCAAAUGGAGGCGACCAUCCGCGAGGAGGACGAAGAGGACAACGUAACGAGGAUAACGCGAUUCUGAGACUCUAAUCCGCCAGUGUUCAUGUUGUAGUUACGCGUCGAAUAGAGAACUGUGAACCCUCUUCAAAUAAAUCCUUUCGGUUCGAGCGA